GACGAGAUUCCGACAGACCUUGAAGGCCUCAGCCGGGGCUGCCAGCUUGUUGAAAGUGAAAGCAGCAGCUCAGUUGCGGGUUGUGUGUUGAAGCCCACCGGACGGCCCUGCGCUACACUAAACAUUACACUGUUUCCACACUACAGAGAGGCGAGGAGCAGCGCGUGUCCGGCAUGGAGUUUAUUACAGACAUCUCCAUCACUGUUGAUGAGGCUGAUUACAAAGACACUAGGAGCUUAAGGGAGAUCCUCAAAGAUUAUCAUGUUAAGAAAACAGGAUCCUGUUACCACAUAAAAGGAUCGUAUGAGGAAAUUAAUGAUGUUUUCAAUAAACUGACAACUCUAAAGGAUGGUUCCACUGGUGCUAAGUGUGGGAGCACACGUCACCAGGGUGAACACACUUCAACUCACGCCAAACCAGUGGAGGUAGCUGGAGUUGUUAUGGCCUACAUUAAGAGAAAACAUUCAGAAGAACUUGACAGAAUUCAAGGAAAAAAUGUCUUAAUUGAGACACCACACAGCAACCCAGGUGGCAAAACAAGAGUGUCAUUCAAACCAUGCCAUUCCAACACCAAACCAGUUCACACUCAACUUGCCAGAGAGAGAUUCAUCACGCUUUACCAAAGAACUGCCUCAGACCUGCAGAUGAAGUCCCUCACAGUAGAUUCCAAUGACUUCAGUUUCUUGCAGAGCAAAUUUCCAGAACUUGUUAUUGAACCCAAUCAUAACAAAAACAAAGCAAAAGUGACCGGACCUUUUGUACAAAUGCAUGCUUUGGAAGAGUUCCUCCGGAGCAAUACCUCAAAUUCGAGCAGUCCAAGGCGUACCAAUUCAACACACACUGCACGCAGAAGAGUCUCUUCUGCUUCGCCUGUGCACAGCAAACAAACUGAAGAAGAAUCAUGUGCAAUUUGUAUGGAUACCAUCACAGCAACAGAGAAGGAGACUUUGCCAUGCAAGCACUCAUUUUGCAAGGACUGCUUGAAAAUGGCUUUUAUGUACAAACCUGUUUGCCCUACAUGUGGAGAGCUAUAUGGCACUCUGACGGGAACACAACCUGACGGAGGGACAAUGGAUGUCACCAAACACAAGACAUCUUUGCCUGGAUAUGAAAAAUACGGAACAAUAGUCAUUCAGUACUACAUUCCAGAUGGCAUUCAAACGGAGGAACACCCUAAUCCAGGUCAGAGAUAUGAAGGAGCAUCACGUACAGCUUAUCUCCCAGACUCCCCAGAGGGAAGGAAGGUUCUGGAGCUGCUGAAGCGGGCCUUCAACCAACGACUCAUCUUUACUGUUGGACGGUCUUCUACAAGUGGCAGGAACAAUCUGGUCACAUGGAAUGAUAUUCACCACAAAACCUCAACACACGGAGGCCCAACUUACUACGGGUACCCCGAUCCUGAUUAUCUCAAACGUGUUCGAGAUGAACUGAAACUGAAAGGAAUUGAGUAACUCAUCUGAAAGAUGUUUAGAGGUGUUUUCACAGACAUCGUCUAACUGAGGUGUAAUCUGCACACAUGCAGUUAGAGUUUAGUAAUUGCAGCACAACAGAAAUUAAGUGCCACUUAGGUGUGAAAUUAGAGAAUCUGACACUGUGUCUGUGGGUAUCAGUGUGAUUAGGAUUACACAUGUUGCCAUUCCAUAUCUGGGUACCACAUAGAAAUAAUUUACACUGUCUACACAGUUUUCAUUAAGAGUGCAUCAACACAGGAGUAGACAUUAGGAAACAUUACAGGGACCAUCACAUUAAAGCUUCAGCUACUAGAAAUCGUUACCAUGCAGAAAAUAUUUCUUUGUGGUUUAAGCUCAUGACAGUUUGUCAGUGUUCAAGUUUGAUAUCUAAAUGGUUUAACCCUUUGAGCCAUUCAAAUUGACUUGAAUUUGUGCAAAAACACGUGGAAGGAGGCCAUAAGAAAAGGAGCAAAAAGAAAAAAAACAUCAAAUACUGAACAGAAAGUUAGCUAAUUUUAAAAAAAAAAAUAUGAAUCUAUCUGUCUGUCUAUCUAUGUCUAUCUAUCUAUCUGUCUAUACGUACAACCAUACACUUAACUAAUGAAUUAAUGAAUAUACUCAAAGUAUUUGUAUGUUUGUUUUAAAUGGUCUAAGUAGAUUUUUUCCCUUGAAAGAAUAUUUGUUGAUUUCAUAUUUUUAUCCCAAAUCUCUGAAUGAGAACUUUGCAUAUAAGACAAAUUCAGAUAACACUGGAAAUGGCAGUGUUUUUUUUCUCCCUAAUGUACAAAACAUAACAAACCAAAACUGAAAUUGUGACCAAUAAACCAUAAUACAAACUGAA